CUGCCAGACUUCAGCUCAUGCGCUACUUCCUGGAUGGCGGAAUGGAAAGCUUCCAGAGCCGCUCCAACUCUUUUCUCUGUGUUUUCAGCGGGAUGCAUGGACUACCGUUCCUCUAACGUCUCUCUCUUCAUCUACAAUCCGUGUCCCCUUGACAUGUUUCUCCCCUGGACUACGAGCUCAGCCAUCUGAAAGAGAGAAAGAGAAAAGAAAAACUGUUUCGUUUGGCUUGGUCGAACUUCAAAAGACAAAUCUCUCCAGAAGGACUCGCUAAAAGGAGGCGGCCGAUAUUCAUUGCGUGUUUGUGGGAGUUGUGUCGUUCAUCUGGAGGAUAACUCAGUCAACAGUUGCCUUAUUCCAGAUCUCCAUGUAUACAGUGUGACAUGCGGAGGCUACUGCGACCGCGCUGCUGCUGCUGGUGGAUCCCGCCUCUGCUCUUCUCCUCGCUCCUGCUCCGGUGGGCACACUGUCAUCCCGCAGUGGCCGAGUGGGAGAAAGCUGAGCAUCAUGACCGGCCGAUCGGGGACAGGCACCGCAGAGCGGCCGAAGAGUCCUACUGGGCCUACUCAGGGACGUACGGACCAGACACAGGGUGGACGGCAGCUUUUCCUGAGUGUCAGGAGAGAAACCAAUCGCCGAUCAAUAUAGCCGACCAAGACACUAAGGUCUCGAUGGAGUACCAGGAACUCACGCUGGACGGGUUUGAUGUAGAGUCGUCCAACAAGACGUCAAUGAAGAAUACAGGCAAAACUGUGGCCAUCUUCCUGAAGGACGAUUACUUUGUGCGAGGAGCCGGGCUGCCGGGCCGCUUCAAAGCGGAGAAGGUGGAGUUCCACUGGGGCCAGAGCAACGGGUCGGACGGCUCGGAGCACAGCAUCAACGGCAGGAGAUUCCCUGUGGAGAUGCAGAUCUUCAUGUAUAACUCGGACGACUUUGACAGCCUCAACACAGCCAUACGGGAGAAGCGAGUAAUUGCGGCCAUGUCUGUCUUCUUUCAGGUGGGGAUGAAGGACAAUCCUGCAGUAGAUCCGAUCAUUCACGGUCUGAGAGGAGUGGUGCAUCACGAGAAAGAGACGUUUCUAGAGCCCUUCGUGCUCCGAGACCUGCUGCCGUCGUCGAUCGGGAGCUACUACCGCUACAUCGGCUCUCUCACCACGCCACCCUGCAGUAAAGUGGUGGAGUGGAUCAUCUUCAGCCGGCCCGUGUUCCUCUCCUACAAACAGCUGGAGGCGUUCUACUCCAUCUUCACCACAGAGCAGCAGGACCAUGUUAAAUCCGUCGAAUACCUGCGAAACAACUUCCGCCCACUCCAGAGUCUGGACAACCGAGAGGUCUUCAAGUCCGCGGUCAAAGAUGCGUGGCUGCCUGACUUGACGGACAGCCUGGGGAACCCGUACGGCACCGAGGCGUCCAAAGCAUGCAGCAGCGCCCCCAUCAACAUGAACGUCCAGCACAUGAACAAGACGGCGUUAGUGGUGCGAUGGUCCCGUCCGGAGAUCACCUACGACCCGCCCAUCAUCAGCUACCUCAUCUCCUACAGCUGGACCCGAAACGACGAGUCCUACGAGGAGACGUACGUCAGAGAGAAUAAUCAGAAACUGGAGGUUGUGAUCACACCGGUGUCGGCAGAUGUGCUGUACCUGUUCCGCGUCCAGGCCGUGUGUUUGAAUGACAAGCGCAGUGACUUCAGCCAGAGCAUGCUCUUCAGAGCCAACACCACCAGGAUAUUCGAGGGCACCAGAAUAGUCAAAACCGGGAUGCCGACCGUCUCCCCGGCCUCCUCCGCAGACAUGGCCCCGAUCAGCUCCGGCUCCUCCACCUGGACCUCCUCUGGCCUCCCCUUCUCCUUCGUGUCGAUGGCGACCGGGAUCGGGCCCUCGUCCAGCGGGAGCCAGGCGACGGUGGCGUCUGUGGUGACCAGCACCCUGCUGGCGGGUUUGGGUUUCAGCGGCGGGGUCAUCUCCUCCUUCCCCAGCUCAGUCUGGCCCAGCAGACCUCCUCCCUCGAGCCCCGCUCCCGCCUCCACACGCCAGACCGAACAGCCCUCCUCGCCGGCACCAGACGCAGACGGCCCCGGGGCCGAGGACGGGGCCGAGAAGGGAGGGAAGGGCGAGGACGAGGACGGAGAAAAGAACGGAGAGGAGGAAGAGGAAGAGGAAGAGGAGAAAGGUGCCGAGAGAGCUCCAGACGACGUGGAAAAGCAGAGGAACACCUCCGUGACCAAAGAGCCGCCCACAGCAACGCCAGACUCCACCGCCAAAGAGAAAGGAGGAAGCAGGAGGGCCGAAGACAGCACAGCGCCAUCUGCUGUCCCGGAGGACGAGGUGGAGAAGAACACACACAGAUCAGGGGAAGAGCACCCGCGGGUGAUGCCGACCGCAGAGACGGAGACGGAUGAUGAUGAUGAGCCUCCAGACAGCGUGACCCCGACCAGCAGACCCAGCAGAGGAGACCGCAACCCCCUGCCGCCGUUCUCCAUUCACACAGAGCGCCCCGUGGUCUCCAGCAUGCGCCCUGUGUCUGGUCCGGGCCGGCUGGAGUGGAUGGUUCCUCUGGUGGUGGUGUCGGCGCUCACCCUGCUCUGCCUGGUCCUCCUGCUGGCCGUCCUGGUGUACUGGAGGAGGUGUUUCCAGACGGCUCAUUUCUACGUUGAGGACAGUAACUCGCCCAGAGUCGUGCCCAAUGAGAGCAUCCCCGUCAUCCCCAUCCCAGAUGAUAUGGAGGCCAUCCCAGUGAAACAGUUUAUCAAGCAUGUGUCUGAACUCUACUCAAACAACCAACACGGCUUCUCAGAAGAUUUUGAGGAAGUGCAGCGCUGCACGGCGGAUAUGAAGAUCACAUCAGAACACUCCAAUCAUCCGGACAACAAGCACAAGAACAGAUACAUCAACAUCAUCGCCUACGACCACAGUCGAGUGAAGCUCCGGCCUCUGGCGGGCAAAGACUCCAAACACAGCGACUACAUCAAUGCCAACUACGUGGACGGCUACAACAAACCCAAGGCCUACGUCGCCGCUCAGGGUCCGCUCAAGUCCACGUUUGAGGACUUCUGGAGGAUGGUGUGGGAACAGAACACCGGCGUCAUCGUCAUGAUCACCAACCUGGUGGAGAAAGGCCGAAGGAAAUGCGACCAGUACUGGCCGACAGAGAACAGCGAGGAGUACGGGAAUAUCGUGGUGACGCUGAAGACAACCAAAGUCAUGGCGUGCUACACACUCCGCAUCUUCACCAUCAGAAACACCAAAGUAAAGAAGGGUCAGAAGGGAAACGCCAAGGGCCGUCAGAGUGAGAGGAGCGUUCUGCAGUAUCACUACACCCAGUGGCCGGACAUGGGCGUCCCCGAGUACACCUUACCUGUGCUCACCUUCGUCAGGAGGUCCUCUGCCGCUCAGACCCCAGAGAUGGGCCCCAUGCUUGUACACUGCAGCGCUGGUGUGGGCCGGACGGGAACUUACAUCGUGAUUGACAGCAUGCUACAGCAGCUGAAGGAUAAAGGCUCAGUCAACGUGCUGGGCUUCCUCAAACACAUACGAACUCAGAGAAACUACCUGGUCCAAACGGAGGAGCAGUAUAUUUUCAUCCACGAUGCCUUGAUGGAAGCCAUUCUGGGUAAGGAGACAGAGGUGCCCUGCAGUCAGCUGCACAGUUACGUGAACAGCAUCCUGACGCCGGGGCCAGGGGCCAAAACACGGCUGGAGAAGCAGUUCAAGUUGGUGACUCAAUGCAAUGCAAGAUUUGUGGAGUGCUUCAGUGCUCAGAAAGACUGCAACAAAGAGAAGAACCGCAACUCUUCUGUUGUCCCCUCGGAAAGAGCACGUGUUGGUCUCGCACCGCUGCCUGGAAUGAAAGGCACUGAUUACAUCAAUGCGUCUUAUAUAAUGGGCUACUACCGGAGCAACGAGUUCAUCAUUACCCAGCAUCCCUUGCCUCACACCACUAAAGACUUCUGGAGGAUGAUCUGGGACCACAACGCUCAAAUCAUCGUCAUGUUACCAGACAACCAGGGCCUGGCGGAGGACGAGUUUGUGUAUUGGCCGAGUCGAGAGGAAGCCAUGAACUGCGAGGCGUUUACAGUCACGCUUAUCAGUAAAGACAGACUCUGUCUCUCCAAUGAAGAGCAGAUCAUCAUUCAUGACUUCAUCCUGGAGGCCACACAGGAUGAUUAUGUUUUAGAAGUUCGUCAUUUUCAGUGCCCAAAGUGGCCAAACCCUGACGCUCCCAUUAGCAGCACCUUUGAGCUCAUCAACGUCAUCAAGGAGGAGGCCAUGACCAGAGAUGGACCCACUAUAGUGCAUGAUGAGUUUGGUGCAGUGUCUGCUGGGAUGUUAUGUGCCCUCACCACACUGUCGCAGCAGCUGGAGAGUGAAGGAGCGGUGGGCGUCUAUCAGGUGGCCAAGAUGAUCAACCUCAUGAGACCAGGGGUCUUCACCGACAUCGAACAGUACCAGUACCUUUACAAAGCUAUGCUCAGCCUGAUCAGCACGAAAGAGAACGGCUCCAGCCCCAUGUCCCUGGACAGAAACGGCAGCAUGGCCACGUCUGACGAGUCGGACCCGGCGGAGAGCAUGGAGUCCCUCGUCUGAAGCCCGCGGAGAGGCGCUUAAUCUCACUUUGUAAAACUUCAAGGACUAAGACAGACUUUUUCUGAGGCCUUUUUUGCCAGAACUCUUGGUUAAACGAAUAACCUGAUUACUUUUUUACACUGAUAAAAAGUUUUUGAUAUUUAUUUUUUCGCCAUUUUAUGUCUUAAUGUUAUCCUACUGAACAUUUGCACCGACGUUUUUUGAGUUCACGACAAACAAAACGAAAUGAAACACAGUUCUGUCUAGUUUGCACUAUGAAACUAUCAGUGUUACUGCCUACCCCACAGUCUCUCUCGAGCUCUCGCUGUCACGCCCUUGUUUUUGACAUUCCACGAUGAUGAAAACGCUUUUCCACGCACACCUCAGAAGCUGGAAAAAGAGAUUAACCCCACAUCCAACUUGCGAAGACUCACCGCAAACCGUCAGAUUGACCCAUGAAAGGCCAUAUGGACCGUUCGUUUUGGUUUGUUUGUUUGUUUGCUUGCUUCCGCACCCCAAAUAGUAGAUCUAUUCAUUAUGCUUCUAGUUAAACCCAUAUUUACUUUUGGAAAAGGUGGUAUUAAAACAGCUACUGUGAACUUUUGUAUGAUUCAUAUUCUGCUUUUAAUAUAUAUGAAUAUAUGGUAUAUCAUGAUAACUUGUGCUUUUGUAAAUGUUAACCGUCGGACCCCCGGCCGGCGCUCAUGACUUCUCUAGCACCCCCUGCUGGUUUGAUUUCACCAUUGCUUUAUGCUGCAAGCUGCUACUUGUGUCACUUGAGUCGAGUGCAAGCGGACAGGUAAUGAUAUCAUGUGACGCGUUACCUAUGGACGAGUUCAUUCUGUUAUUGGCCCACUUCAUUUUGUAAUUUUAUACUGCUCUGCUUUGUCCUAUUUUUUCACAAGCCGUCCCAUCACUUUGAGAAUAAUGUAUACAAGUCUCUCGAUGCCUUCUGUACAGUCUCAUUUCACCUCGGCAGGUGUGUGUGUGUGUGUGUUUGGUAUUGACUGGUUUUACUAGUAGACUCAUAUCACAUUUCUUCACUAAACAGACUUCUUACAGUAUCAAAGAUAUACGCUAGGAAAUACGGUUACCGUAAUAUCAUAAACGGUUCCCUCAUGCAGGAUGCAGCACAAAGGCCUUGCUAAAGUAACAUUAGAAACAGUCUUAAAGAAACAGGGGACCCGUGAUUCAUUAAUUUUUACCAAAGACUAAACUUUCAUUCACGAAACACGUGGGAACGUUUUUAUUUUUAUUGUUGGGUAACGCAGUUUUAAAAAGAAUGUUUUUGGGAAAAGGAUGAUUCCACAGGCAAAAUAAUGUUUUAUGUUUUGAUUGUGUUUUUCUUUCGUUUUGUUCCACUAAAAAUGUUUGUUUCUCUGGUCACCUUUAUUUUUGUUUGUUUUUUUUAUGUUGCAAGUGAAUGAGAAUGUAUACUAUUACGGAUUUCUUUUUUUGUUUGUCUUUUGAAAGAUUGAAAUGGUUAUGCUGUUCAGAUGGAGAAGAGCAACAUUGAAGGAGUUUAUUCUGUUAAUGUCUUGUUUCUCCUAAGAAGAAGGCCGGAAAAUGAAGUCGCAUCUCUCCAACAUUUGGGGUAAUAUUCUGACUGAUAUCACGUGAGGUCAUUGGAGGUGACAAGCUGCAUUUCUAAAUCUGUUCUGACCUUUAUGCCCUGUGGUGUCCCCUUUGUUCCCCUAGCAUUAUUUGUGGGUUGCAUUUGCAUUAUCAUGUACAUAUCUUUUGUUGCUUCAUUAACCCUUCGCUCUCUGAAAGCUUUGUAUCCUGGCAUAUAGUCGCAAACUUUAUAUUUUCAUAUAAAUCAACUUGUUUUUAGUUUUGUGUUUAGUUCUCAUAUUGAUGGUUAACACAAAAUGUCCCCAAGGUGGCUGACAUCAUAUUCCAAACACACUCACAACACUCAUAAACUAAGGCAGUGAUUGUGGGGUUUCUUUGUUUCCCCCCGUUUGAAUCGAAAUAAAAUCUGUUUGAUAGUCCAGAAGUGCAAUAGUAUAGCUCUCGUAAGAAUAAUUCCCCAAUACAAAGCAGGUGGGUGUCACCAUCAUAUCCUCUUUUUCUAAUCUGGAAUAACACACAAAGGAAAUUUUUCUCUUGGGUUUUUUUUUUUCUCUAUUUUUCUUUUGUUGAAAGCUAUAUCAAAGCAUUCUAUUAUAGUGUUAUUUAAUAUGUAAAUUGUAUUGCUAUACAUAAAAUAAAAUAUGAGUUUUGAUGUACUUUAAGUAAAUCUCCAUGUUGUA